AAGAGCUUUUAAUCCAUAACCUAAUUUAUAAUUUCAUUAGAAUGAUUUGACCCUUUAGCAACGUUCAACUCUCAUUUUUCGGUUAGAACACUAGAAGUUGUCAGGACAUCUAACGGCUGAAGUUACAGCGGCCAAAAAUUAAUACUUUCGGAUCAAAUAGCGCAUGGCUAGCUUACUACAACGGUGGCUCACGACAGAUGCCACCCAAUAGUGAAAAAAAAAAAAGAAACCUUUGUAUGUUCCCUUGGAGUACAUCUUCAAACAGCUUCUUCUUCCUCUGUUCUCCUAAAUGCACAAAAAAAACACAACCUUCAAAAAAACCAUAAAAGCCAACUAAAUUUCUGAGGAUGGCCGGUCCGAACCCGCCAAAACAACCGUCAUCCUCCUCCAACAACUACCGCAAAUCCCGCUGGGAAUCUUCCUCUUCCACCCCCAAUAAAAAUUUCUCCUCUACCGCCACCACCGACCCCAAAUCCUCCACCAAGCCCAACCCAUCCCCCAAGACCGGCCCAUCUCCAAGCAUCGCCACCCAAACCAAAUCUGACCUAAAUCAAACCUGUCCUCCCCUUCCACCCUUUCCCUUCCCCGACCUUGCCGCCUUAGGCCCUCCGCCACCACCGGCGUACGGCUUCCACAUGCUGGAGCGUCGGACAAUCGUCCUCUACGAUGGCAGCGUCCGCUCCUACUUCGCUCUUCCACUCGAUUACCUGGACUUUCCGACCCGACCGUUACUUGGACCUCCCGACUACGGUAGCCCAACAUUGGGCUUGCGCGAUAAUCGUGAUUAUUGGAACGGGCCGGGCCCGUUAAAGAGAAAGUACGGCGAUGAAGAAAAAGAUCUAAGAGAGGAGAAGAAGGAAGAAUUAGCGAGGCAAAGGUCCGGGCACGGGAACGCCAAAGUCUACACUUUGGGUACAGGCGGCCCGGAUCGGCUGGCUGGAACGAGUAGCCCGUUUCGAAAUGAGGAGACGAGGGCAGCCAAGUAUAUGAGAGUUGGUGGGGGAUUUGAAUAUCAUAAUUUGGGGUUUAGUAAUAAGCAUUUGGAAGUUGAUCAAAACGCGCUAAAGAAGGCGUUUUUACACUUUGUGAAGGCGGUUUUUGAGCAGAAAAAGAAUUACUUGGAUGAUGGGAAACAAGGUCGGCUUCAAUGCUUAGCUUGUGGCAGGUUUGACGAUAAAUUUAGGUCCUCUAAAGACUUCCCCGAUAUGCAUGGUCUGAUAAUGCACACAUACUACUCAGAUAAUGCUGACUUGCGUGUGGAUCACUUAGGCUUUCACAAGGCUCUCUGUGUAUUAAUGGGAUGGAACUACUCAAAGCCUCCUAAUAAUUCAAAGGCCUAUCGGUUCUUACCUGCAGAUGAAGCAGCUGCUAACCAAGAGGAUUUGAUUAUGUGGCCUCCUGUGGUGAUAGUACAUAAUACAAUUACAGGAAAGGGUAAAGAUGGGCGCAUGGAAGGUUUGGGAAACAAAGCAAUGGAUGGCAAACUAAGAGAUCUUGGAUUUGGAAGUGGCAAGUCAAAGGCUAUGUAUGGUAGAGAAGGUCAUCUUGGUAUUAUAGUGGUUAAGUUUGCUGGUGAUCAGUCGGGCCUGAAGGAUGCUGUCAGGCUUGCUGAAUACUUUGAGAAGGAAAACCAUGGCCGCAAGGGUUGGUCCCAUGUACAGUCCUUGACUUUGGGCAAGGAUGAUGAAAAAAAUCCUAGUCUUGUAAAGGUGGAUGAGAGGACUGGAGAAAAAAAGAGGAUCUUUUAUGGCUAUCUUGGAACGGUUGCUGAACUGGACAAGGUUGAUUUUGACAUGAGGAAGAGGGCUGUGAUUGAGAGUCGGAGAGAGCAUAAAGGACCCAGGGAAAUUUAGGUUGUUUCACAAGGUUUUUGAUCUUGGAGUGUGAAUUAGCUAGCCUCCAGAGAAAAAUAUCUUCUCUGCAUGUAUGUGGGUGGAUUAGUGAUCAGAUUGCUUCCGUUAGUCCAUGUUCGGAUUUUGCUUAUUCAAGGAGCCUAUCCUUGGAAAAGUUUUCUCUGUUGUAUUUGUGUCCUUUUUCUUCCGUUUCAGCCUCCAGUUCUGUCUGAUGCAAGUAGGGGCGCAAUAAUGUAAAGUGAGAAGUUUAGGUUUCUCUUUAUUGUUUUCUCUUCGAAGUUAAAGAAUGAAGGGCAGGUUUGAAAUAGGGUAAUUGGUGUGAUCAUUUGAUCAAUGACUUGGAAAGGAUUCAUUGCCAAGUCGCUUUAGGCUGAUAGCUUGUAGAUAAUGAUCUGUACGUUGAUUAUAGUAUAGGAUCCUUAACGUAAAGAAGUUGAUAUGACAAGAUUAAUGUAUGCAAUUUUGUUUCUUGUUAUGUUUAUUGUGACAUUGGCCUUUGAAUCGCAUGAUUAUUAGUUUACCUAAAGUCACAUCGUUGGGGAUUCAUGUAUCUAGUUAUUAAACCCUUUGUAAAAUGCUAACCUCUUUUUUCUUUAGGUUACAUAGUUAAAGAAAAGAUAGUCAACGAUGCUACAGUUUUUUCCCCAAAAGAAAAAAAAUGGAAUUCAAUUUCUUUAACACAUGAUAUUAGGUUGCAUAAUAAAAGAAAGCCUUUUUUUUGAAUCAUUUUAUAAAUCUCAUUUCCCUUGAAACAAUGGAUGGGAUUGAUUUGGAUUGAGAAUAUGCGGUGCGAAUACGAGAACUUGAAAGCGGGAAUGCCCCUUUGGUUUUGUAGCAGCUGCAGGCUGAGGGGCUCUAGUGUUAACCUAACCUUCAUCAGCUGUAUGGGUAGUGAACAAAAAAAUGCUGGGGUAUCCGCAAAUGUACCCAUCAUUAGUAUUUGA